UUUUUUUUUUUUUUUUGCUUUUCCCGUUUCGACGGUUUCGUUUCGGUGGAACGUUUGAUAGCCGAGAUUUUACUAUUUCAGUCUUACAGACUACGCGCUCGCCCGGCCUAAACUAUUCCGGGCUUCAUCACAGGCAAAACUUGGCCCAAUAUGUACUCAGGGCAGAACGACAUGGAUUUGGGCUUCAACGUUCGGUCGACCUCGAUCUGCUCCCACAAGUCUUUGGGGCCCACGCAAUAUGAUUUCGGGACUCUGCUAAAGCCUAAUGUAGAGCACGGAUUAUAGUCCGAUGCCCGGUCCGAAUACGGCCCCCGUUAACCCUCCGGGUGCGGUAUUUGUUCGCACGAACAUUAAGAAAUCAAUUAAUGGCCCGCGCUUCCCCUCUGAAAAGCGAAAAAAGAAGAGAAAGAGAAGAGAAAUCCGUACCUCAGCCUCACUCUCACUCUCUCUCUCUCUGCCCCCCGCCUCUCAUCCGCCGUAUUGCCGCAAACCCUAACCCUAGCAGCAGCAGCAGCAGCAGCAGCAGCAGCAGGCGGAGGGCAAAUUCUGGUUCGGUUGCCAUGGCAGAGGCGUCGGACGCGGUGGGCGUGGGAGGAUCGCAGCCGAAGAAGAGGACCUUCAUGAAGUUCUCCUUCCGAGGGGUCGAUCUCGACCAGCUCCUCGCCAUGGCAACCGACGAGCUCCGAAAGGUGAAACAGGAUGCUCCUCCUGGAGAGAAGCCAGGGCCAGUAAGGACCCACCUCCGAAACAUGAUAAUUGUGCCGGAGAUGAUUGCAAGCAUUAUUGAUGUCUACAAUGGAAAAACAUUCAACCAGCUUGAAAUUAAGCCCGAAAUGAUUGGUCAUUGUCUGGCAGAGUUCUCCAUCACAUAUAAGCCUCUUAAGCAUGGAAGGCCUGGUAUUGGUGCCACCCACUCAUCCAGGUUCAUCCCCCUGAAGUAACAGAAAUGCUCGUGGAAGGGAUGGAGCAAACAGGUCCUGCAUCUAUGGCGAUCACUUAUAGUUGCAAGUCCUUUUAUUAGCAUAACCCUUGAGGUCUGUUAGCAUGGAGGGAACUUGUCCAAGUUUUUAUUUGCUAUAUAUAUCGCGCAUUUUGGCCUAAGCAGCAGCUAGGUCGUUUUGUUAGCUAAUGCCUCUUUUAUUACUUUAUAUCAGCCAUCUUUUUGUAUCGAAUUUUUGGCUCUCAUUUUGACUUAUAAUUAGGUAGUGUUAGAUUGUGUCUACUUACAACUAGCAAAGUUGAUGGGAUAUAAUCUAGAGCUCCUAAAUUGAUUAUUUUCUGGAUUAAUUGUUGCAAUAUUGUGGUGUGAGUUACAUGUUAUCUGCCAAAUGGCCGACCGUCGGGCAGGACCUUUUUGGGGCAAGGCGAGAAAAAUUCCAGCUUCUAUGGUGGUGAUGCUACCUAUGAAUACUGCAUUCUCCAGUUUUGGAUGAGAUUUAUAUAGCUCGAAGUGUGAGUUGAAGUUUCCUCUUAUUCUGUUAAUCAGUUUUGAAGUGUCCUCUUAUUCUGUUAAUCGUAUGUUAGGUCAAUUUCCAAAGUCUUGGGUUCACAAUUGUAUGGUUGCGGUCUUGCGGAUCAUACAGAUUUUCUAUUAAUAUGUUGUCAGUGGCCGCGUCAUGUAAUAACUGUUACUAUUUGAUCGUGGAAACUUUUUCGUGCGGUGACGGUGAGUAAAAUUAGUCAAAUAUUUGUAGUGAA